CAAUUUUAAACGUUGGCGCACCGUCUGAACUUUUUUGCAUGGUCACGCUUUCAGCGGCUGUUUUGAGCGGGAGGGGUGUUGCAGUUUAGGACUGCUGUUUACAUUUUGAGAUUUUCUGUCUAACCAGAAUUUUUACAGGACUUCAUCUCUGUCGAAGAAUUCUCAAAGUAACAAUUUAGCGCCUGUGUAAAUAUAAUGCCGAUCUACAAAGUUAACGUUAAAUGGCAGAAGAAUAAAUAUACAGAUGUAGAGUGUAACACAGACGAAAGCCCUGAGGUUUUCAAGGCCUCACUUUUUUCACUCACUGGUGUUCCUCCUGACCGCCAGAAAAUUAUCCUGCCCGGUGGAAUAUUAGGAAAUGAUAAUUACAAUGGCAUUCAAAUCAAAAAUGUAAAUUUAUCAGUUUUAUAACUUUGGUUUCCCAAGGGAAUAAACGUGAUGCUGGUGGGUUCUGUUGGUGAGGUCCCUGUUAGCGUCGCAGUUACGUCAGAAGAAGUGGUGUUACCGCCAUCAGAAAGUUCCUUCAAACUACCACCUGGCAUAUGGAACUUAGGAAAUACAUGUUACUUGAAUGCAGUCGUACAAAUGUUGUACUCAAUCCCAGAAUUCCGCUUGGUUUUACAAAUAUGUCAUUUUUCAAGUACUACUCCGGAUUCACAACAUUAUGUGCUACUAUGCGAAGGGUUGAAGUAUUCAUUCAAAUUGAUGACCAUGUCUGCCGUACCACUCACUCCUAUGUUUCUCCUUAAUGUUUUGCACUCUGUGUGUCCCCAGUUUGCCCCCCAAGCCAGAGAUACUGGGAAAUCGUCUCAAAACCCAUAUUCUAGGCUCAACCCAAAUCACGAACAACAAGAUGCCAGUGAGUGUUGGACAGAACUUGUCCGGGGAUUACAAACAGCUACUAUUGAUUUUGAAAUUUCAACGAGUAUUCCGGAUCUACCUGAAAGUUUCCGUACAAAUUCAGAGUGGAAUCCUGUAGAUCGAUUUCUUACUGGUCAACUGUUGUGCAAAUUAAGCUGCACUGAAUCGGAAGAACCUGAAUUAGAAACUGUAGAGACAUUUAAUCAGUUGUCUUGCUUCAUAAACCAAGAUGUGAAAUACCUGGUCACUGGCAUUCGAAACGGUUUUACGGGAAAUUUGACUAAACACUCACCGCUUCUGAAUCGUGAUGCUGUGUACAAACGAACUUCUUUGAUUAGUCGACUUCCUGCAUAUUUAUCUAUCCAUUUUGUUCGCUUCUUUUACAAAGAAGACAAGCAGGUUAAUGCUAAGAUUUUAAAAGAUGUAAAGUUUCCGCUUACUUUGGAUAUGCAUGAAUUUUGCACACCUGAAUUACAAAAGAAGUUACUACCUAUGCGCGAAAAAAUUCAUCUGCUUGACCAAAAUGAACUGACAAAUCCAUCGAAUCAAACGAAAUCGGCAAAACUCAAAGCAGAUGCCAAACAACCUGAUCCAUAUAAAAAUCCUGAAUUGUAUGAACCUUACUGGUUUUCUGAUGAUCCUGGCUCUAAUAAUUCUGGAUACUACGAGUUACAAGGAGUUUUGAGUCAUCAGGGUAGAACAAGCACUAGUGGACAUUAUGUUGCUUGGAUAAAAACACAAGGUGUAUGGCUCAAGUAUGACGAUCACCGUGUAAGUCAAGUAACCGAGGAAGACAUUUUGCGCUUAUCCGGAGGUGGUGACUGGCAUUGUGCGUAUAUCUUACUUUAUGGACCCCGUUGUGUGAAGAAAGAGUCAUGUGAGAACACCGCGAACAACGCUGAAGCUUUAACGGCAAAUGGGAAUUCAAUGAAUCAUGGAGACCACUCAAAUUGCCAACGUUCAUGAAAAAGUUUUGAAUUCCAAUGACGUUGUUCAUGAGUUUAUAAAGUCAGUUUUGACCGUCUAAACGCGCAUCACGCUAACAGUCAAGUAUUUUGUUAUGAUGGUUGAUGUCAUUAUUUUCACUUCAUAAAAUUGUGAUACCAUGUCAUUUCUUUUUCAACUGUUAUUGUCUUUUUUUAUCUUCAACAUCAUAAACAAGCACUGCAGUCCUUCCAGCUUCCUUUUGACUACCUAUCAUUGUUUCACCAUCAGAGAGUGUUUUACAAGCUAAGCAAUACAAGGUGAGAACACUAAGUCCCUAUUCAGGGAAGAAACAGCAUAACGCGUAUCUGAAACUGACAGCAAAACUCAUCCUGAGGAAGUGUGACAUGCUGUAGAACAACUGGGUAUAGGAUGUUGAUAACCCGACACCAAAGGUUAAAAAAUUCUAGUGGAUUUCAGCAGCACUCUACUCAAACCCAUGCAACCAAUUAAGAGCUUACGGUGAGUUUUCAUCUGAAGUGGUGUCCGUCAGGUAUGCCCACUGUCCCCAUUUCUUUUCAAUGUCAUCAGGAAUAUACUAGUGGAACUUAACCUAGCUGACUUCAGCAACUAAAAGCUUAACUUGUUGCCAGGGAAUCAUCUCAUUGACUUAGACCAUACAUAUGAUAAAGUCCUUC